UCACGGAGGACUUGAGACAAGUUUGACAUAUCGGCCUGACUUUCAACUGCCAGAAACUUCUACCGUGUCGGAAAAGGGGAGGCUGAGAGAGGGAGUCAUUACGGUCUCGCGGCCCGUGGAACAUACCCCUCCUUAUGUCUGAGUCUCACAGAUGCGAAUUCACGAACUCUCGCUAGUCCACAAUUCCAUGAGGUCACGGUUCGCCCAUCGAUAUCUCGGGGUGGAAAUGGCGUGUAGUUGUCACUCUCAGGGAUGCACCCUGACCUUUCUUGCUCGAAAUCAAGGAAUCAUUCACCAAUGCCCUCUUCACAGGUGCUUUAGCGGCAGUGACAUAGAAAUGUUGGAGUCGAUUACUGAGGGAGUCAAUACUCGAAGAAACAGAAAUGCAUGCAUACUCCUUCACUUCUCACCGACGGAAGCCACCUUAUUUGAGACCUUGUGGAGCCAAUAUAUUGGCCUUGGGUCUAAGUUGUACACCGGCAUGCGAACAGUGACUCUGUCAAGUGGUAUAAUAGUCAAUGGCGCGGGAACUAUCGUUUUUUUAAACUUCAAUCAUCAGCAACCAGCCGUAAGGCUGUAUGGUGGCGUCAACAAUCACGCAGAGUUAAUGAGUCGGUGCCCUGCGAGAUUAAGACUCAUUGGCUCCGGUAGUUGCCUGUGUGGGGACCAGCCCCAACAGCACAAACCAGAAAACCCAAAAAACGACAGCAGUCGGAUUUGAACCGACGCCUCCGAAGAGAAUAGAUUUCUAGUCUAUCGCCUUAGACCACUCGGCCAUACUGUCUCGGAUGCGAGUUUUGGUUCAAAAAUGUGUUACAUCAGCCACAAGUCAAUGCAGGACACCGUCCCAGGCCACCAUUGACUGCACU